UCGACGUUUUGUCUCUCUAUCGCACUUGUAAAUUCGUACGUAAGUGUGCCAAGGACGCACCAAAAAUUGUUGAACGUAAACAUGAACGAACGAAGCGCAUUUGUCAUAUGACAUUAUGUCAAACAACCAAACUGCAGCAAUUGAGGAAAUUUAUUGAUUUUGAGGAAAUGGCAUGAAUUUUAAAAUUUUAACUAUUUUUAGAGUUUAACGCUACAUCACAUUGCUCUUUCUCUUAAAUAACUAUUCUAAAACUUGACAAUGCAGUCUUCAGCGCAUGAGAAAGUAAACAUAAAGACCGAGCCCUCAGGCGACAAUGUGUACGUAAAAGACGAGCCCUUGUGCUGUGUUGACCGUGUAAAGGCCGAGCCUGAAUCUGAUGAAGACAUUGACGUCAAGCCCUCAUUGUCUGAGUCUAUUAAAGGUGUAGAUAAACGCGUCUGUAUAAAAGACGCUUCGCUGUAUGAUGUGUGUGGAAAUGACGAGCCAUGUUGCUUAAACGUGGUUAAGAUCGAGCCUUUAGAUGUGUGUGUGAAGGUGGAACAUUGGUCAGAAGAUGAAAGUAGUAUAUUGAAGUCAUACCUGAGUACGAGUGUGAAAGUAGAGCCCUUAUGCUCAGGUGUGGGUGUAAAGGAGUGCAGGGAACUGGUGGGUGCACGGGCCGAGCUGUACAUCGAUCAUGAGGUCAAGGAUGAGCUGGUGCUUGGCCCUGAGCUAGUGGAGCAGCGAAAGUUUACUGCUGAAGCCUCCAAUUUGGCAAAAGAAGUGAAGCAGUCAUGUGAGAUUGUCCCCGGGAGACCGUUACUGCGGGACUGCUGUGUGAGGCUGGAGCGUCUUGCUGUGGACAUGCUUCCCAUUCGGAUCACAGACUGGGACAGUCUGGGACAAGUUCAUGGAGCUGUAGACGGUGGACACAGGAACACAGUUGGAAAUCUUAAAAAACACAAGGGAGGACAAACUCCACAGAAGAAACCAAGAAGAAACGACACUUACCAAUGUGCCCAAUGUGAAUAUGCAACAGCUAGAAAACAAUUCUUGAUUAGGCAUUUGAGGAAACAUACUAAUGAGAAGCGAUACAAAUGUGUUCAGUGUAGCUAUACUUGCAGCCGAAUGAGUUUUUUGCAAGUUCAUGUAAAGACACACAGUGGUGAACGGGCUCAUAAAUGUGGGAUAUGUCAUUAUGCUAGUCCCCGGAUAAGUGAUUUGCGAGACCAUUUAAGGAUACACAGUGGUGAAAAACCCUACAAAUGUGAUCAGUGUAGUUAUGCUAGUAGGCAAAAAUAUCGUUUGAAAGCCCAUGUAAGAACGCAUACUGAAAAGCCCUACAAAUGUGACCAAUGUAAUUUUGCUAGUAGCAAAAAAAUAUAUUUUCAAGCUCAUGUAAGGGAGCAUACAGGUGAAAAAGCCUACAAAUGUGAGGUAUGUAGUUAUGCUAGUAACCGCAAAAGUGAUUUCCAACUUCAUGUAAGACGACAUACUAAUGUGAAGCCUUAUCAGUGUGACCAGUGUAGUUAUGCUAGCCUUGAAAAAUAUAGUUUGAAACUUCAUGUAAAAACACACACAGGUGAAAAGCCCUACAAAUGUGGGGUGUGUAGUUUUGCUAGUGCACACAAUAAUAGUUUGCGAAUUCAUAUAAGGAGACAUACUAAUCAGAAACCAUACCAAUGUGACCAGUGUAGUUAUGCUACCGAUCGAAAAUAUAUUUUGUUACGUCAUUUAAAAAUACACACAGGUGAAAAGCCUUACAAAUGUGAGGUGUGUAGUUAUGCUAGUAUCUACAAAGCUACUUUGCAACGUCAUGUAAGGACACAUACGAAUAAGAAACCUUAUCAAUGUGACCAGUGUAGUUAUUCUAGCUGUGAAAAAAGCCGUUUAAAAUAUCAUGUAAUGAAACAUACUGGUGAAAUGCCAUACAAAUGUGACCAGUGUAGUUACACUAGUAAUCGAAUAAAGAAUUUGAAAGAUCAUGCAAAGAAACACACUGGUGAAAAACCAUACAAAUGUGACCAGUGCAGUUAUGCUACUAUUGGAAUAAGUCUUUUGAAAGCUCAUGUAAGGAAACACACUGGUGAAAAGCCAUACAAAUGUGAUCAGUGUAGCUAUGCUGCUGCUCGCAAAAGUGCUUUAAGAAUGCAUCAAAUUAUGUUACACAUGGAUACAACAGGCAGUUUAACUAGUACUGAAGUUUAUAAAUGUGAUCACUGUAGUUCUUCUAGCACUUGUAGUUUUGCUUGUACAUACAUGAAAUCUUUAUUAAUGAACAAAAGCGAGGACAUUAAUUAGAUACUUGAGCGACCUUACAAAAAACAAUUACUUACAAGUAAUAUUGUGCUAAGCUAUACUUAACUACUGGUCAUAGUGUUGUGUUCCUGCCGAUGAGUAAGGUUGCCCGAGCUCAACGAGGGUGCGGAUUGUUAGGGUUGGCCACGCGCAUGUAACUCCUCUGGAGUUGCAGGCGUACAUAGGCGACGGAGACUCCUUACCAUCAGGCGGACCGUAUGCGUGUUUGCCACCGACGUAGUAUAUAAAAAAAGUGAUAACAAAUAGCAUGGCACUUAAAAAAAAGGUUGCUCAGAUAAAGUUUAUGGCCAUCCAUUGUCUUUGUGCACCCGCCGGCAUUUGGAAAAUAAUGCCAGCUGUACACAGUCGUUGAGUCUGGGGAACGCUCCGAUUCAAUCGGUCAAGGGCGAGGCGAGACGAGGAACAGCGAAACGAAUAGGGAGCAGUAUAUGUACACACUCGUUCUCGGUCUGUCUCGGGCAGUCAUAUUGACGAGUGUGUACAGCCUACAUAAGAUAAGGUAUCCUAAAUGUAUCUUAAUUAGUUAUCUGUAUGAGGGAGCGAAGUUUAGCUUAAACAACAACCUAUGGAGUGUGGAAUAAAAGGAGGAAAAUCUCUAUGUGUGACAAUUGUCCAUAAAAAAACAUUAAAUAGGCGGCGCCACAAUACACCGACAUAAAAUGUCAUAGACCUAGUAUUUAUAUAAAUGUACUAGACGCGUGCGCCCGUGAGGGACAGAGCAUACGCAAUGCGACAAAAUUAAAACACGCUUUAACAUUCCUGACAACAUACCACAAACAACCUACGUAAUUUGGUCGGGUUAUUUGUUGCCCCUCCUCCAUUUCAUCUCUAUAUUAUUACACCUCUAUGGUUCAUGUAAUCCAUGAGCCUACUUAGCGCCACCGGAGAGAUUAGGAACUAUUAUUUAAAUCUGAAAGCUGGUCACUUUUGCAAUAGUUCAGCCAUGUUU